GGGCGUCCGCCAUCUUGGAUUCCGCGGUAGCAGUGGCGGCGGUAAGGUGCCGAUUCUGCGGAGUGGCUCUCCCCUCCCCUCCCCCAGCUCGGUGGCGGCUGCCCCUCCCACUGAGGGUGGUGCAGCGACGGUGCCAUCUCGACCAUGGCGGCGACUGCAGCUAACCCAGAAAUGACAUCAGAUGUACCAUCGCUGGGUCCCACCAUUGCUUCAGGAAACCCUGGACCUGGGAUUCAAGGUGGAGGAGCUGUUGUACAGAGGGCUAUUAAGCGACGAUCAGGGCUGGAUUUUGAUGAUGAUGGAGAAGGGAACAGUAAAUUUUUGAGAUGUGAUGAUGAACAGAUGUGUAAUGACAAAGAGCGCUUUGCCAGGUCGGAUGAUGAGCAGAGCUCUGCGGAUAAAGAGAGACUUGCCAGGGAAAAUCAUAGUGAAAUAGAACGACGACGACGAAACAAGAUGACAGCUUACAUCACAGAACUGUCGGACAUGGUACCUACCUGUAGUGCCCUGGCUCGAAAACCAGACAAGCUAACCAUCUUACGAAUGGCCGUUUCUCACAUGAAGUCCUUGAGAGGAACUGGCAACACAUCCACUGAUGGUUCCUAUAAGCCAUCUUUCCUCACUGAUCAGGAACUGAAACAUUUGAUCUUGGAGGCAGCAGAUGGCUUUCUGUUUAUUGUCUCAUGUGAGACUGGCCGGGUGGUUUAUGUCUCUGACUCAGUGACUCCUGUUUUGAACCAACCGCAGUCUGAAUGGUUUGGGAGUACACUCUAUGAUCAGGUGCACCCAGAUGAUGUGGAUAAACUUCGAGAACAGCUUUCUACUUCAGAAAAUGCCCUGACAGGGCGAAUCCUGGAUCUAAAGACUGGCACAGUGAAAAAGGAAGGUCAACAAUCUUCCAUGAGGAUGUGUAUGGGCUCAAGAAGAUCCUUUAUUUGUCGAAUGAGGUGUGGCAAUAGUUCUGUGGACCCUGCUUCCAUGAAUAGACUGAGCUUUUUGAGGAAUAGAUGCAGGAAUGGACUUGGCUCUGUGAAGGAAGGAGAACCCCACUUUGUGGUAGUCCACUGCACAGGCUACAUCAAGGCCUGGCCUCCAGCAGGUGUAUCCCUCCCAGAUGAUGACCCAGAGGCUGGCCAGGGGAGCAAAUUCUGCUUAGUGGCUAUUGGCAGGCUGCAGGUAACCAGUUCUCCCAACUGUACAGACAUGAAUAACAUUUCUCAACCAACAGAAUUCAUCUCCCGACACAACAUUGAGGGGAUAUUCACUUUUGUAGAUCAUCGUUGUGUGGCUACUGUUGGCUACCAGCCACAGGAGCUCUUAGGGAAGAAUAUUGUAGAAUUUUGUCACCCUGAAGAUCAACAGCUUCUAAGAGACAGCUUUCAACAGGUGGUGAAGCUGAAAGGCCAGGUGCUGUCUGUCAUGUUCCGAUUCCGAUCUAAGAACCGGGAAUGGCUUUGGAUGAGAACCAGCUCGUUCACUUUCCAGAACCCUUACUCAGAUGAAAUCGAGUACAUUAUCUGCACCAGCACCAGUGUGAAGAACUCUAGCCAGGAACCACGGCCUACACUGACUAACACAGCUAGGUCACAGCUAGGUUCAGCAACCAAUCUAUCCCUAGAGAUGAGUACAGGGCAGCUGGCCUCCAGGCAGCAGCAGCAGCAGCAGCAGCAGCAAACAGAAUUGGAUAUGGUACCAGGAAGAGAUGGGCUGACCAGCUAUAACCAUUCCCAGGUUUCUGUCCAGCCUGUGACAACUACAGGAGCAGAGCACAGCAAGUCCCUUGAAAAGUCAGAUGGUCUCUUUGCCCAGGACAGAGAUCCGAGGUUUUCAGAAAUCUAUCCCAACAUCAGUGCAGAUCAGAGUAAAGGCAUCUCCUCCAGCACUGUCCCUGCCACCCAACAGCUAUUCUCCCAGGGCAACUCAUUCCCUCCUAACCCCCGGCCGGCAGAAAAUUUCAGGAAUAGUGGUCUGACCCCUCCUGUAACAAUUGUCCAGCCAUCAUCUUCUGCAGGGCAGAUGUUAGCCCAGAUUUCUCGUCACUCCAACUCUACCCAGGGAGCAGCUCCAACUUGGACCCCUAGUACCCGCCCAGGCUUCUCUGCCCAGGUGCCCAUCCAGGCCACAGCCAAGACUCGUUCUUCCCAAUUUGGUGUGAGCAACUUUCAGACUUCCUCCUCCUUCAGUGCUAUGACUCUCCCUGGGGCUCCCACUGCAUCUCAGGGUACUGCUGCCUACCCUACCCUCACCAACCGUGGAUCCAACUUUCCUUCUGAAAGUGCAGGACAGACUGCAGGACAAUUCCAGACCCGGACAGCAGAGGGUGUAGGUGUCUGGCCACAGUGGCAGGGCCAGCAGCCCCAUCAUCGGUCCAGUUCCAGUGAGCAACAUGUUCAGCAAACAUCAGCACAACCGCCUAGCCAGCCUGAGGUCUUUCAGGAAAUGCUGUCCAUGCUGGGAGACCAGAGCAACAGCUACAACAAUGAAGAAUUCCCUGAUCUAACUAUGUUCCCCCCCUUUUCAGAAUAGAACUAUUGGGGUGAGGAUAAGGGUGGGGGAAAUCACUGUUGUUUUAAAAGCAAAUCUUUUGUAAACAAAAUAAAAAUUCCUCUCCCUUCCCUCACCCCCAAUAUGUACCCCCUUCACCCCUUGACUCUGAAGUAACAUUUAUAUAAGAAAUGAAAUGAAUUCCCAGGCUUUUAGGGUCUUCUGAAAAUCUGAGGACAGGUGAGAUUAGAAGUCCUGUCUUUAUGUCUUCUUACCAGAAGUGUCACAGAAAUGAGUUGUGCUGAAGGCAAGGGGCAGAAUAGACGAGCCUGACAGCCACUGAUGAAUUGCCUUGGAGACUGUGGCUUGUUUUGGAUAGAAAUACUGAAUAGAGUAGAGGAGAAGAGAAAUAUCCUCAUAACUGAGGAUCGUGAAAUAUGAUUAUAUGUGGAGCUUUUGGAAAUGAGAAGUCCCCUGGAAUGAAACAUGAAAGAGUAUGAGAGAGAGAGAGAGAGAGAGAGAGAGAGAGAGAGAGAGAGAGAGAGUGUAUGUGUGUAUGUGUGUGUGUGUGUGUAUGUGUGUGUCCCCUUGUGUGUGUGUGUGUUUGAGCUCCUCUGUUUUGUUCUUUCUCCCUAUUAGGGAGUUUAUGCAAAGUUUGUCCUAGAUUUUCUUUGUUUUUCUGCUUGCUCUUCAAAGAGUCCUAAGAAAUUAAUUUUUCCUGGUAUUUUUGUAUUUAGUAUUGCAGCCAAAGAGUAUUUAAACUAAGCCUUUGCUGCACUUAAACCCAUGCCCAGCCAAAAUGGAACUAUAAGCCAACAUAUAGCCUUCUGUUGAUAGGAUUGGUCUCUUACAGAACACAUUCAGUGAUCAAGCUGGAUUAUUCCUGCUUUUUGGUGCUCUCAACUUAUGUGGAAGAUCUGUAGAUAUUACCAGAAUAGGCCGGCCAGACACCCCAGACUUGCCCAUAGAAUAAUGCUGCAUUUUUUCUGUCAGAGUCACACAUGUGUUCUGGAGAGGUUAUUUCUGCAUGGAAACUCAACUUCUUGGAUUAGCUAUCUGAGUGAAAGCCCUCACCGACGAGGGAAUAAACCAAAUAGAAAGCCGUCCUGCACAUGUCUUCUCCUUCCUGUUGUCAAAGCAACGUUUAGGUCUUCCUGAAAUCUAUUGUUCUUUGCUCCCUCUCCAAACUUGGAUUUGGGUUUUGCUUUGGAACAUAAAUGUGAGUUUAUUUGUUAGUUGGGUCAUGGACUCAAAUUCCCACAGGGUCACUUGAUAAUUACAGCCAUAGAAACUCAGUUACAAGCUACUGCUUUCACCCUUUACCAUCCUCGGGUGCAUCUCAUAUCAGGAGCCUGGUUUUUUGUUUUGCUUUGUUUGUUAUUUUUGUUUUUGUUUUGUUUUUUUUCUGGCUUCUGUCAGUAAGUGAAAGAUUAAACUAGUAUGGAAAACAUCUAUUCAGUGUAUUCAUAGGGAAGGAGGAGCCAGGAUGGAGAGGCUCAUGGAAGAGGCUGAGGGAAUGUUAUAUUCUAAGUUUCCCUCCAUUUGUCUCCAGUCUGGUGCCAGGCAAUAGAGUGGAAAAGGAGGCUAUUUUUUUAUUCUAAGUGCACAUAUACAGUAUACAUAUAUAUUUAUAUCACAAUUACAGAACCAAAAAGUUGAGUUUCCAAUGAAAUACUUGUUUUUUAAUAAUCAACUUGUUUUUAAAUGUGAUCAGAACUAUAAUGUACAGUAAUUACAGGGCUUUUGAAGAAAGGGGGGGAGGGAGAAUCUACUCUGAGGGUUUUGGUAUGCUUUUCCUUCAGGGUUUUAUUUUUGAUUGUUUUUUCUUGUUAGCCAUCUGUGUUAAACCUUGCAGUGGCAAAAAUAAUGAUAUGUAGCAAAGAUUUUAAAACAAAGUAUUUUUUCUUUUAUAAAGUU